GUUCUGUUGACUGGGAAGCCCCUAGCGCGAAGCUGCCAACGCCCGGCGUAGAGACACAAACAGUGGAAACGGUACGGAAAAAAGAACUUUUUUGUAACUAAUGUGAUAAUACUGUGGUCGGUUUUAUGUUUUGAUAUUCUCGAUAGCAUCCGUGUUAAUGAUCUGUCAUACGUUUGUUUUAUUUGUAGUAUUAGGCGUCCCGUUGAGCCACCGCAUAAGCUCAACCAGCUAGCUAGCAAUUUGCAAGGUUAGCACCGAGCAGAGCAAGUAGACCACUCAAACUAAACCCCUUAGAGCGCAGAAUAACCCACAAGUAAACUCGAGGUCAUUCAUUAUCUCUGGAUUAUGUUCGCAAGAAUUCUCUCGAUCUUCAAAGAGUGUAAGUCAAAAAAAGCAUUUCUGUCAAACUGAAGAUGGAUACAAGCGAGCGGUUAGCUUUUCGGCGAACUGUAUAAAAGGCAUAAUGUUACCGUUCACAAAUAUGAGGUACUUUUUAACGCGAAGGGGGCUUAAAAUUUGACUUAUUUGGUGUUCUGGGAAAGUCUGAUAAUGCGGAUUAGGCGAAAAUAUGAAGGACAUAAUUGGUUGGAAAAAUACGGGUAGUUGUACAAGCCGGCAGGAAAUUAGGCCAGUUUGAGGCCGGGGAUGUGUCUGAAAUUCAGCAGCAGCAGCUAUGGCUAAUGGCUGAAAGCUAACGGCUGUAGGUAUCAGUGGUGGUCAUCUCAUAGUGUUAUCUUCAUGUGUUUAUAAAAGAUUGGACGUGAAAGAUAAUGGAAACAACGACGCGGAAAUGACUAUCAUUUGCUUCAAAGCCGGCACUUUCAAAGGGAGCCGAACACCGUUAAAAAGCUGCUGAUACAGGCUUCAGUUUGAGGUUUUCUGUGUGAAGUUGACUACACUCUUGAAGGAAUGUGCAGGUUAAAUCUGUCUUUUUGCGCAAAAUGAGAGUCUCUACCGUCUACAAUGUGCCUUUUGAUUAUAUUAUUGUAUGCACUGCUGAACUUUCAAAACAUUUGUAAUGGUGAGCCCCAUAUAUUAUGAGGACACAGCAUAUCACACUGAGUUGAAGAUGUUAUCAGUACUAGUCUUUAAGCUGGCUGGCCCUCAGAGUGCUUGUUGGCCUACAAACACAAAUGUGUGGAUUAAGUCUGGCAGCACUAUUGUCGCUGCAGCAAACCCCACUUACCCAUGGCCGUCAGCUUACUGGACUAUUCAGUGUAGCAUCUGGCAUUUAUGUCAGUAUGUAGAAAACAGAGAAGAGUCAUUGAUCAUGCACAGCCUCAUAUUGCUUUAGGGCAUUAUGUCAUUUUGUUUCGUAUACAAAUGUUCUUGUGAACAUGACAUUUAUAUAGAAUGGACGCCGUCUGCCUCCUCGCUGGGUGAAGCCACUAUGAGAACAGCACCCUCUGGUGACGGGCUGCAGUAUAGGUCAUAAAUCCCGCCUCCUUCAGCAGCAAGAAGCGAGAAGACUGACACAACAGCAGACUGACUGUUUUUCAGCUCUGAUUAGACAGUAGUGUUGAGAUGGCUGUCUGUCAUGAUAGCAUGUACUGAGUCGGGGUUAGUACCAGAUAAACACAUUAAACUAUAAUUCAUAAACGUAAGGUAACAACCGAGACCUAAUGGUGAUAUGACAGCAACACGAUUGAGUUUGAGGCAGUGAAAAUACAUAUGGUGUGUUGUAUCUGAACAGGUUAGCUUACGAGCUAAAGUUACUUAGCACAGAUGAACGUUAAAACAAAGACGUUUAGCAAACUGUUAAAACACACAAACCAUCGUCAUAUGAGAAAUCCGACGCUAUGACUCUCCACAAGUUGUCCUUCAGGUCAAUAUCUUUGUAAUGUUUGUGUCUUCUUCAUCAAAAAGCACUCUGUUCACCGACAUGUAAACAAUCAGCCGGUCGGCCAUGUUGGAUAUACCGGUUAAUCUGACGCCGCAACAACAUGCAAUCUGAUUGGUCAGUAGUGGACACACAGUAUGCGAAACUUUAGAAAAAUCGACCGUGAUCCGAAAAAAUAAAUGACACAAUAUCGCAGGACGGGAAAACGUUGCUGAUGUGUACACUUGUAUUGACAGGAUAUUGGUCCGUCCGAAAUAAUCGCACGACAAAAACACUCCCGGUGUGAAAGGACCUUUAAACUGUAUUUAGCAGAACAGAUUUGGAAGAAAUUGAGUAUGAUAUUCAUAAGCAUGUGUGAAUUAUUGUACUCAUCAGAGUACAUAAAAAAUCAAUUUAGUUGAAGUCAACUUCUGUUGUGCUUUCUACAUCAACAAAGGGAGCAGGGCCUCAUUCACAGUGGUUGUUCAAGAUGGUAGAAGUGAAACAAUUGGAGGACCAUACUCAGCAUGCUACACAUACUUGUCUUCCUCUAAGGCAGUGGUUCUCAAGUCCAGUCCUUGAGGCCCACUGUCCUGCAUGUUUUGGAUGUUUCCCUGCUCCAACACACCUGAUUCAAAUGAUCAGCUCGUUAUCAAGCUCUAGAAUGGCUUAAUAAUGAGCUAAUCAUUUGAAUCAGGUGUGGUUCUGGACUUGAGAGCCACUGCUCUAAGGCCAUCAUUGCUUCUCUGACAGGAGGGGUGAGCAGGGGAGCAUUUCAGUGGAGAACCUGAAUACUAGAUGUCAAUUCCAUACCUGUUUCCCUGACAUAUUGGGCCUUUUAAGUUCUGUCUAGUUCUGGCUUGGCUCAAAUACUCUGGCGAGGUUGUGUUCAUUGUUGGCACACGAACUAUGGCACUCCUUUCUUUGAAAACUUUGAGCUUUUGUAAUUCCUCAAUCUAUAGGACAAUACCUUGUUUUACUCUCUCAUAUCAGUUUUUUCUCUUGGCAGCAAUGUUAAGUCUAUAACACUCCUGUCAUUAACCAGGUACCUCUUCAUACAACAAAACUGUCAGCUUGAUAACAUGACAGCAUUUAGAAAAUUUGUGCACCAAACCCUAGUUUGUCUUGAUUAAAGAGGGACCUUAAAGGUACACUUUGAACCUUUUCUUGGUCAAUUGUCAAACGUUAUCAAGACAUUUUUUUUCUAAAUUUUCCCAGGACUAUUCCAAAUUCAAUCAAACAAUUUGAAUGCAAAAAUACUCAGAAAUGCAAUGUUGCUCUUAGUUUUUUCAUGAUAUGUCCUCUAGCAUCAGAAAAAUGUCAUAUGAACACGUCGACAACAAGAAAAACAUGAUUUUCAUCAGAGUGGGUCUUUAAGUUGGCAAAAUAUACAUUGAAAUUGUCACAGUUAUGUCAUUCUCAAAGCAUGGGCUGGCCUGUCAACAAAAACAGACCUCAUAAAUACGAAUCCAGUCCUUUCCUUUUCAAGGAACAGCUUCAGUGGGGAAAAACAAAACAACAACAAAAAAACAUCUCAAAGGAUUGCAAGAAAGACGUCCUCCUGUGUUAAAGCAUGUUCACUGUAACAUUUGGUGCAUUAAGUUUUACCUCUUCUGCUUUCCUCAAUGACAACCCCACCCCCACCCAAUGGUGCAGAGCUCUGCAGUGGCACUGACAUACUGUACUGUAUGGAGGAGAAACACUGGAAAUACUGUGGUUGAAAAUACUAUCUACAUUGUCUUUAAAUGUGUUUGAGCGCUGUACAUUUUUGCAGAAAAUCAAGGUCAAAACAUAUUCUUUUUCUUCUAGACCAUCAGUCUAUCAGUCAAAGACAUUUUGUUUAACAACAGCAGACACAACAAAGACAGUUGUAGGUCAUUUGAAGAAAAGAAGUAUUUGCCUUUACUGCAGAAAUUGAUGUGAGUGGUUUGUCGAGUUUUUAGCGAUAAGUAUUAAUAGAUAGAUUAAUUGGGUCAUUGCUUGAUUAGAUUUUUGUGCUUUUGCAGGUAUUUUUUCAGGUUGCACUUAAAAGAUCAGUUGUGUUUAAAUGACUUGUCACUGGUGCAGAUGGCAUGGAAGAUUUGAAUACCAUACUUUGAUAUUGAACGGUUUUGUUGGUAUGCAGUUUGUUUGUAGACCAGCGCAGAAACGGGAUUGAGCUGUCUUUAUUGUGGUUUAAUCAUGACAACUAUAUACUUAGAAUGGGUUUUCUUUUAUUUAGAUUUCUAUUUUUUUCUUUUGUUCUGUGCGCCUUCAAGUCAGAAUUGUGACCCCACUUAGAGGCCAUCAGCUCAUGCUUUUUUUGAGCUUAUUUACUGUAAUACUGCAGAGAGUAUUUCCUUUUUGUUUCCUGGAAGUCCAAAUUCCAUAUUCACUCUACCAAUAAGCCCAAAGCAACCCAACUUUAUUUCAUUUCAACUAGGGCUGCAACUAAUGACUAUUUUAACAAUCAAUUAAUCGGUCUACUAUUUUUUGAUUAAUCAAUGAAUCUGAUACAAAACACAUUUUUAAUUUCCACCUCAAAAACUUUUGUGAAGUUAGCAUGUGGUUUUUUUGGGGUUUUUUUUGUUCUGCAUGAUAUGCUCCCACACUGUUUAGGGGCUUGGGUCGAACUGUCUUCACUGCGUCUGCCAUUUGUAGAAUUUACUUAAUUUCUGUAAAAACUGCCCCUGCCUCGCUCUGUUCGACUCACUCUGCAGGUCAAGAUUUUAAACUUUAUUUAGGUCAAAGCUCUGCAGGUAAAGUUAACAGCUGGCUAUGCAUCACGGCAAGUGACCCAAGCGACACAACGAAUCAAUAUUGAAAUUCUUUGCCAACACUUUUAAUAAUCGACUUGUGGAUUUUAUUGAUUUGUUGUUGAAGCUCUAAUUUUAAGGACUUGUGCUAUACAGAGCUGGAGUUGUGUACUUCUGCACAGAACAUUUUUACUACUUGCUCAUUCAGGAUUCUUUGAUCUGUUAAAAAAUGUAGUAUCUCUGUAGUGUAAAACUCGGUGUAGUGUGAUAUAAUUGUUAGUCUGUCUCUGGGAAAUAACAUGGAAAUGAGUCAAACUUCUUGGGUAUUUUUCCUUUCAGUCCACAUUGUUCCUCCACCCAAACAUUCUGACUUGUGUGGACUCAGAAUGUGAGUCUGUGUUUUCUUUGAAUGACAAAUGGGUCUCCAGCUGUCCCUACGUGUCAGAUGAUCCUCCCAUCUCUGAAAUGAUUAGACUUCUUUGGAUUUCUUGUAAAUGGUGAAACAGUGAGUGUGUGGUCCAUUAGGGAGGUUUGGUUAUUUGGCAGUAACCAUGCAGAGUUACUUUUCCAUCAACGUCCCCCUGUCAGGUAUAUAACGGCAUUCGUACCUGAGGCAUGGAUCACCUAAAUUGUCCGAAUUGGGUCAGGCACAAAUUUACAGUUAUGGAGUAAACUGCUUCAACCAACAAUUUAUCAUCAAAUUGCAGGUGCUGCUUUUUUCAAAGUUUCCCCUCAGAGAGGGGUGUGUGUGUCUGUUUCACUUGGCUUUAGUUUUGCUUGGAGAAAAUUGACACUUUUGUCUGAAGUGUAUUUCACUAACUAAUGAGGUUUGCUGUCUUUUUUUGUUUUUGUUACAGAUUUUGAAUGACUAGUGAGGACUGUGAAAAGCAGCUAUGCAGACCAUCAAGUGUGUUGUAGUUGGGGACGGUGCUGUGGGUAAAACAUGCCUGCUCAUCUCUUACACCACAAACAAAUUUCCAUCGGAAUAUGUACCCACGGUAAGUAUGUGUUGCAAUCGUAGAGGUAGAGGAGUCUGUGUCAUAAUUUAACAUAAUCCUGUGUGGGUGAUGAGUAAGGAGAUUUAUUAGCUUGAGUGAAGAUGAUACUGCACAUGUAGCCAUUUUAAAAAAAUUGUUUAAAUUCCAUCUGAUGGUCCUGGAGUUAAUGCUUCAUUAUUAUAUAAUCUGAUGCGCUUUAUUACUUUAAGAGUAUUGUUGUUGAACUUUAAAGUAUUGCUCAAAUGUCCUGUAAUUCUCAAACAACUGAAGUUGUCUCAACCAGAACCUUCAGGAUCUCACUUGUCAGUUCAGCAGGAGUCAUGUUGUAUUGAAUCCUUACACAGAAUGUCUGACAUGAAAUGUCCUGUUUUCCUCAGGUGUUUGAUAACUAUGCUGUAACUGUAAUGAUUGGAGGGGAGCCUUACACCCUGGGCUUGUUUGACACAGCAGGUAUGUCUUCAUCUCUACCCGUGCUUUAGUUUAUUCCUGUGACGUAACUCUAAAAUGAGUUUAAACGUGUUAAUGUGUUGUUUCUCCAGGUCAGGAAGACUACGACAGGUUACGACCCCUGAGUUAUCCCCAGACAGAUGUCUUCCUCGUUUGUUUCUCUGUCGUGUCCCCCUCCUCCUUCGAAAACGUCAAAGAAAAGGCAAGUUUUGAAACUCCUCUCUCUCAUUUCUCUGACAUUCUCCUGAAAACAGUAAAUGAAUGUGUCUUGUUGAAUGUUUCUUGAAUGAUUGUUUUUUGUUGUGUUUUUUUACGUGUACAGUGGGUUCCAGAGAUCACCCACCACUGUCCAAAGACCCCCUUCCUUCUAGUCGGGACUCAGAUUGACUUGCGGGAUGACCCAUCUACUAUAGAGAAGCUGGCCAAGAACAAGCAAAAGCCCAUCACCCCAGAAACAGCUGAGAAGUUGGCGAGAGACCUCAAGGCUGUGAAAUAUGUGGAGUGUUCAGCCCUCACACAGGUAAUACACGUAUAUUUAAUUAUGACACCACACACUUACAUCACAUUAAUUUACACCGCAAUGGCAAAAACUAAGAAAAAGGAGGAAAGAGGAACAUGUCUGCACCCCCCCAGACUGUGCACACUAUGGUCAGUUAACUCUUGAUCUGCAUGUGUAUUCGGUAUGGUCUAUGUUCUUACUCACAAGCUAAGUUGGGUUGAUGAUAAUGCGUAAUCAGAUGCUUUUAGUCGAUGAUAAAAAUGUCGACUUUGAGCAAAGUGUGUAAUAUUGCGCUGUCUGCCUGUUGAUAUGUAGGUUGUAGUAAAGUGAGCAGUGAAGGUUUUGUGUAGCAGAAUUUUCAGCAUGUCAGGGUGAACCUUGGGUCUUGUACUGUGAUCGGUAUUCCCCGUUAAGUGCGAUAAUUGUGCUGAUGCAUCAUGCACAGUUGAAUGAUAAAUACGGCCUUGAAUAAAUACUCAGUUAGGGCUGGGCAAUAUGACCUAACAAUAACGUCUAUGAUUCUUUCACACCACCGAAUUCAACUUACUAUUUUUCUGUUGGUUCUUUCUUUAAACAGUGCUAACAACAAUAAGUGAUUUUCGUUUGUGACUUAGGUUUGCGUCAGCCUCAGUUAAAGGGAUAUUCCAGCGUAAAUUUAAGUUAUGGUCAAAGACGCUGUAACACCGAGUUAGACACCCCCUCGAAAGAUGAAUGUUGCUGACUGCUUGCUUCUGUAGUUGUACCAACUUUAGCAACAACCGCACGAUAGCCCUGAUGAGUCGAUCACCGAGUGCAGCGGAGUUUCGCAGCUCAAGGAAGAACAUUUAUGAUCAUUACUACGUGGAAAUGCAGUCAAACUGAGACGCUAAGGCAGAAGAACUACCGCAUCUGCAGAGCAAAAUUAUUAUUAUGAUGAUUAUUACUUCAUGGAAAUGAUCCACUGCACUCGGUGAUCGACUUGUCGGGGCUCCCCCCACAAACAAGCGGCUGCAGGAGGAGAGUGGGUGAUUUGUGUUUGGUGUCGUUGCUAAAGAAAUCAGACAAAGUUAAAAAGAUGUUAGCACUAUGGCUGGGACCCUAUAUGUACUGUUGAUGAAGUUAGGUGCUGUUCUGAGCAUUAUUUGUGGCUAUAGAGUGGCUUUUUGGUUGAGGUUUGCGUGUGGAGAUGUAGACCGCUGUGUAUUGCUGUCAUGUGGUCAUUGGAGUCAUUUAUAACCAGCACAUCACAAAAUUAGUUGACAGUUGUUUGUCCUUAAAUGUAUGAUGACAAGCUCCUGGAGGUGAAAAGGCUUUUAUGAAGUGGUGGUGUGAGACUAGUCUUGUUCACGUGUACCCAGCAUGCUUUGGGAGUAAAUAUGAAUAAAAAAAAGAACUAAAACCAAAAGUGUGUCUUCUACUCUGAACUUUACAGCAUUUUUCUUAAAAUGAUCCAAUCCAAGAAUACUUAUUACAGCAGCUGUGCGUCAUGUCCCUUUGUUAAUUUACACAGUCUAGUUUGAAGUUUAUUCCACUAAUGCAGGUUUCUACUGGCUGUUGUGGUCUCGUGCAUCUCACAGUGAGACACAUUUCUCCCACUCGGCUGCGUGUCUCUGCUGAAGAUGUUUAAUGACUUUGGUCGUGCUGCUGCUACCUUCAGCUUCAGCAACCUUUAAAGAAAGUUAGCAGCAGACUGUGGUUUGUUUUUAGUCUUAUGCUGCAAAACGGAAGCAGCUACAGAUGAGUAAUGACUCGUGCUUUUUUGAGAACAAACUCUUCAUUAACUGUAGCCGCCAUGAUGUGUCUGUCUCUGUAGGAAGUAAGCGAAGGCGAAGGCUGCAGGAGCCUAAAGAAAACACUCCAGAGAGUUAGGGAGAAAAUCUGGAUUCUCAAUUUUUGAAAUCGUCCUGAACCUCAAACUCUGAUUAAUUUAUAAAGUUGAUGUAUUGCCCAGCCCUGAUUUAAUUAUUGUGGUCAUUACUCACUGAAGCGGUGGAGCUAAUUGGAAAGCCAGGUUCAGCCUUUAUUUUACCUUUCCAAAGUAUCAGCUUCAUUCUUGCAGCCAGUGAAACCCAAAAUGAGUUUGUCUUCAUGGGAAUGUUUUAAUAUGAGUGGACGGCAGAGAUGAUGAUUUCCAGUUUUUAGGUUUCUUUUUCAAAGUGCUCGCUUCGGCUGUAGGUCGUGAUAAAUCAGUCAGUACUCUUUUGAGUGUAUCUUUCACUGUUUGACUCCUGAGCACAUGGUGUACCACGGUUCUGAAUGAAGGGGAAAGGGGGUCGAGGGAACAGGACUUAUAAGAGAACAGAUCAGCUCUGCCUCUCUCAAAAAGAACAAUAGUGUGGAGCGAGCUGAGGUGUAGCCCCCACCUCCCCCGCUCUGCUCCUUCCUUCCUUCCUCUCCCCUCUCUUCCAGGCACAGAUGUGCCAUUGCUGCUGAUGUCAUUUCCUGUUUUCUGUCAGGAAUCGCAGCAGUUUGUCCACACCCAUUUUCAGCUGAUUGUUCAACGACUUCACCUCCUUUCGCUCCAUCUCUUCUCGAUCACGUUUCUCCUCACCCUCAUGCUCUUUUUUUACCGUUGCACUGCAUCGCUCACCUUUCUGUUUAAAGUAAAUGCAUAUCUCUGAUUCUGCCAUGUUCCUCUCAGCCUCUUCACCUGUCAGUCUCUCUUUUCGUGUUCGCUUUGCUAAUUGUACAAUUGUUCUCUCCCUCUCCUGUCGUUGUAGCGAGGGCUGAAGAAUGUAUUUGACGAAGCUAUCCUAGCUGCCCUAGAGCCGCCUGAGACACAGAGAAAGAGGAAAUGCUGUUUAUUUUGAACUCUGUACCAACGCUCUAAACUUCUCUCUAUCUGAGUGAUAUGAUUCAUUUCUUCACUCAGUCCUUCCCCUUCCUCCUUCUUCCCCUUGUCUAUCUCUCUACAUGUGCUGCUUUUGAAACAUAGACCAAACCCAGUCUCAUCUAACAGCCCAUGAUGUGUUGUUCACUAACCCCUGUCCUGACACAAACUACUACUCUGUAUGAAAAGCGCAAUGCAACUAAUCUUUGUUUCUCGGCCUUAACCCCUGGUGGUUUAAGGCUUUUUGACCCAUCAUACAUUCAUUUACUUUCUCUUAAUGCUGCUGUAGAGAUGCCUUUUAUCUCAUUUUACAAAACCACCAGUAAUGCUCCGGAUAUCAUUCAAGUGGGCAGGAGCAGGAUUGUAAACUGUGGUGAGAUCAGCAUUUCAAAAAAACCAAGUGUCAUGUCGAAGAGUUUUUUAAGAUUUCGCCCUCCUUUGUGGAAAACUUGCAAAAGCGGCGUAAUGUUACUGCCUCGCAGAAAUGGAAGUUGUUCUGGCCUGGAUAGAGAGACUCCCGUCCUGCCAUUCCUUGUACUACAGUCCAUCUCUGGCAUAACCGAUUAGAAAAACAGGCCCCUGAGUAAGACAUGAUCCUGAUCCUAAUUUCUACUGUCCGAAUGGACCCUGUCGAGUAGGGGUGGGAGAAAAAAUCGAUACAGCAUAGUAUCACGAUAUUUUGUCUGGUGAUAUAUCGACCAAGUAUCGAUUUUUUUAUGAAUUAAAUGUUAAUAUGAGGUCAAAUGUAUGAUAAUGGAAGAAUAAAAUCAACAGUUUGUCCAGUAAGGUUAGCAGAGGUGACAUAGAGCAGCAGAGAAUUGGUGCAACAAAUAUAUAUAGAAGGUUUGUAAGAUGUGCUACAUGGAAAAAAAAUGUGUAAAUAAGACAAACAUAAAGGACAGACAAAUGCUAAAUUAGCUUAACAGUUGAAAAAAUUGUAUAAAUCACAAUAUAUUGUAUCACAAUACUCACUGUAUUGCAAAAUGUUAAAAAUUGCAAUAAUAUCGUAUCAUGGUAAUAUUGUAUUUUGGGACUUAAGUUUGUGUCAGCCUCAGUUAAAGGGAUAUUCUGGCGUAAAUUUAAGUUAUGGUCAAACACACCAUAACACCGAGUUAGACACACCCCUUCGAGAGAUGAGUGUUGCCGACUGCUCGCUUCUCUAGUUAUACCAACUUUAGUAACCAACUUUAUGGGUCUCAUACAGCAGAGCAUGUAAAACAGAUGAUGUGGAUUUUGCAGCAGUGUUAGUGUCAGUUCUAUCAUGCAGUGAAAUUCAUGGAUCGGAUCAGAUACUGUAGAACAUGACUUUGGAUCUCAAAUGAGCUUCCAAAAAUCUUCCACAGCCUCACUGGUGUCCAAUUCUUAUAGACGCAGCUCUUGGCCAGCAGUGGAGUGGUUUCUCCCAGAGGACAUAUGAUGUUAUCCAUUUUAUUACGCAGCCUUUUAAGUUGAGUCAUGAGUCUCCCUCUCAGUGCUGUAGUAGUAGUUCCUGUGAGGAGGCGGGUUUGGACAGCCUCACUUUGGUGAGAUUGAUCUCAACAUUUAACAGAGCUUCCAUUUCUAAUACCUAUUUUUUCUACUGCUGUUGAUGCCUGAUAAUAAAACAGAAACUGGAGUUUCACAAUGGUUAUUUCAAUGGUUUGACGUACUGAUGCCACAUAUAUAGGGAAUGUUUGGCCAUCUUAACAACAUAAUUACCAGACUGAUUCGGUGUCUUACUUUGGGACUGAUGAUUGAUGCAGUUUAAAGCAAAUCUUCACUUCAUGUUUUUACAAAAACGGAUUUCUAACUGAAUCGAUCAAACACUCCCUAUAUAUGACACUCGUACCCUCAUCAGUGGUGACUUUCAUUUUGUGUUGAAGUCCAGAUUUGAAUAAAAGGCUGUGAGUGUGUGAAAUUACUUGUGAAAUAAACGAAUAAAAGAUGAAUAAACUUGCUCUCCUCUCUGGUUCCCUUCUUUUUCAAGCCUUUGUCAGAGAAGAAUUUAUCAGAGCUAAUCAACAAGGUUAAGAAGUGCUAAAGGGCUUACUGCUGGACCGCUGCACAGUACAGCGCUGUGUCAGUGCAGCUCUUGUUACUUCACAUGACCGAGCUCCCGGCGUAAGCUGCUCUGCUCUGGAACCAAAACAAACAAAAAGCACAUUCAUCAGUGAGGCGGAGAGCGGACCCAGUUUGUGUUGGUUAUUAGAUUCAUUCACAAUGUCUCUCUCCGUGGUCUAAAGAUAGUGCAGUAAGUUUAAUCUAAACAACAGAGCCAAUGAAGUAAGGGAAACUUGAGUGUUGUGGAAUGAAAAUGCUGUAGCUCCCUUUUGGUUUUGCGGUUGCACCGGGGUCAUGCUCUUAUUUUUCCUCCACUUUCUUUUUUGACUUGCCGUUGGUUUCAGUUCUCACAGUUAGACUGCACCUUGCACAGACUUGCAUGUAUUUGUUGUCUACACUCAGUCCGACUCACUUAAAGCCUAACUUCAAAAGAAAACACAAAACCUGUGAAGUUUUUUCUUUUUCAGAUGUCCUGAUGAUUUAUUUUUAUUCCCACAGCACUUAAACUUUCAGCGUUUUCCUCAGCGAUGAUCAGUACUGCUUGUUCCUUGCUAGUUAUUUUCCCUUUUGUUGAAGCUGUUUUGUUUUCCCUCUGCCUCUUUUCUUUGCCCUCCCCUCAUUGAGCCUGUGUGUGUCUGUGUGUUUGUGUUUACAGAAAGGCCUAAAGAAUGUGUUUGAUGAGGCGAUUUUGGCUGCACUGGAGCCGCCAGAGCCCAAGAAGAAACGCAAAUGUGUGCUGCUAUGAGGCUCCUACCUUUUCAAUGCGCACACCGUAUAACACGACAUAUACAUACAUACAUCUGAAGUACACACUCAGCACACACACAUGCACACACACACGCAUACAGACACAGCCCUGCACCCUUUCCUUUGCUCUACUAAGGCUGGUUGACAGCAUUGUCCUCCACGUGGAAGACGAGAGAGAAAACAGCCGACCAAGUUUUAGAUAAUUGUCUGCAAUAACAGAAAGCUUCACCCUCAAGUCAGAGUUUGGGACAGAAAAGCAAAAUAACCUGGCUGCUGAGGGCUCUGGGCUGAGCGGCAAACCCCUCAGUGAUCCAGAUCCCCUGAGCUCUUGAUACCAAGCUUACGUACAAGUAGAAUUCAUUCUAUCAAGCUUUUGAUGGAUUGAUUUUUGGGUCAGUCAGUGUCGUGGCCUAAAUUAAAUUCCCAAUGCCAUGUAGUUGUCCUCAGCUCACCUCGAAGGUUCCAUGGAAGUAAGCCCUGCCGCAACAUCUCAGAGCCACCUGACUGGCGGCCGCUUGUGCUGCUGGUCCCCUGAUUUUUUACACUCUCACUCAGCACUAUCAAGAGGAAAGGCUAACAGUGUAGUGCUGUUUUGUUUUUGUUUGCCAAGACCCCUCUUCUCCUGAAAACACAUGACCAUCAUGAGAUGUAUACUCCAUGUUCCAGAUAGUCACACUCUUAAACCACUAAGAAACUGUGGAGGUCUGACUGAAUCGAACUGAAAGCCGGGGCACUGCGGCUAAAACGCCUCUCAGCUCCAAAACAAGGAGACAUGGAUUAGCGAUUAUCGCCACCUUAGCAGAAAUACAGUCCUCCCAGCAUGGACCUUCACAGUGCAGUCACAGUCCAUCUGAAGUGGGGUUAUUGCUGGUAAAGCUUCAGGCAUCCAGUAGUUUAUGGGUCUGCGAGUCGACCACAGGAAUUGGCCUUUUAGACGCAGGGAACUAAACAGUGUUAGCAGAACAAGCGGUGUUCUUUCUCCGUUGCCAGGGACCAAGGAAGGGUGAAGCAGGAAACUGAACAUUGCCAGCACCUCGCACUUAAGAGUGGGUACAGCAGAGGCAUCUGCAUGAAACUCAUUUUCUUCGGCGUAGACCGGCAGCCAACUCUGGAGAUCCAUAUUUAGAGAACCGGUCAGUGAACAUGGAUUACCACCAGAAUUCUGUGCCAGGUCAGAAUUUGGUGCCUUCCUGUAGUGUUUGAUCCAGGCUGCAUAUGAGCAGUGUGAAGGGCUGUCUGGUCUGUUGUACCCAUUCAGAGUGUCGGGUGCUGGUACUGCACGUAGCUGAGCCUUGGUCUCUGUUCUAAAUAUGUUUAACAGAUGUAAUUAUAAUGUAAGCUGGAACACAAUGUUGAUGUAGGCUCCAGGGGUUUUUACCAAAAUCUUUUUUUUUUUUUUUCUUCAUUAUUUCUGUUUGUGUUUUUUUUUUUUAAGUUUAUUUUAUUUUAUAUAUAUAAAUAUAUUACAAAAAGGUUACUUUCACUCCUUUUGCAUUUUUAGGAGUCGGAACUCAUCUGAACUCUUACCUGCCAGUUCAUACCAAGAAAACCUCUGAUUGGUUCGAUUAAAAAAAAAUAUAAAAUAAAAGGCAACCUCUAAUGGCAGAAUACUGUUGGUGAAGAUGAUUUGAUUGGUUUGUCCUUGUUUUUCUUUAACUGGUGGAUCAGAGUUGGGUUGAUGUCCAGCUCAAGUCAGUAUAAUAAUUAUAACCUGUUGUUGUUUUGGUGCAAAACCAAAUGCUUUGUCAAAGUCUUUGUUCUUUGUAUAUGCAUUCUUUUCAAAAUUAUUAAACUUAUACCUUAAUUGCCUUUA